UUUAUUAAAAGACCAGACUUGUUUGCCAUUCCAGUUUUGGUAAGUGUAACAUGGAAACAAUUUUUUUUUUGAACAUGACAAUUUUAAUAAUAUUUUAUACUGUUGGUUUUCUAAUUGAGGCAAAGGCUUUUAUACUCAACCAAGAAAAAAUAGAUCUGACGCUGCACAAGAACUGGCCUCUGGUGUAUCACGACGAGAACUGUGGCCGCAGCAAACUGCCGCUGGCUUCCAAGUCUAUUGGUGGCCACAUUGUCGACAUGGGAGAAUACCCGUGGAUGGCACGUCUUGUCUACAGAUCUUCCAGAGACGAUUCCGAGACCGGAGCCUGCGGUGGAUCCCUGAUAAACAAACGCUACAUCCUCACAGCGGCUCACUGCUGCAUUGAUAAACCUAAAUAUGCACUCGGAGAAGUGAUGGCAUACGUUACAUUGGGAGAAUACGAUGUUCAUCAUAUAAAGGACUGCUACAGAGGAAACUGCGCACCUCGCGUCUUGGAAGUUGAAAUUGAAAAUGUAAUGAAACAUCCUCUUUACCAAAAAAAGAACCCUUUUGCAAAUGAUAUUUGUUUAAUUCGACUCAUCCAUGACGUCGAGUUUACUGAUUAUAUACAGCCAGUUUGUCUUCCCUCCGCAAUAGACAACGAUGAGAAGAACUUAUAUUAUCUGAACAUGACAGUGGCAGGAUGGGGAACCAUGGAAAAUUUUCCCCAAACCAGAAAUCCACAUGCACUCCAAGAUGUCGACGUUGUCGUCAGGCCUACGGAGUUCUGUGACGUCCAACUAGGAAUGCAAUUUGACUGGGAGAGUCAGAUCUGCGCAGGGGCGAGUGAGCCCAGCAUUAGCCCUUGCCCUGGGGACUCGGGGGGUCCUCUCAUGUACUACAACACCACAGGAGGCUCGGGCAGAUAUGAGGUCAUGGGUAUCGUCUCUGGCGGCUACCCUUGUGUGUACAGCAACCUCGAGGCCCAUCCUGGCCUCUACUCUAGAGUGUCCACCGCAAUGCCUUGGAUCUUAAACAGCAUCCACUGAUGAUUCGUAAAUUCGUAUAAUGGAAUUGUAAUCUGAAAUUGUAUAACUUGUGGUUCAGCUAAGUUUGUGGUUAAUAUAUCACAUAUAAUAAAUUGAA